AUGGGUUCAACUGCUAUCCAGCCAAAGGUCCAACCCUUGGUGUUGGGCGGUGGCACUAUCGUGCCCCCUGUACAAAUGAGAGCAGGAACCCUGCACUACACUACAAGUUCUGAAUACUGCGCUCCACCCGUGACAGGCAGCAAUGCAACCAUCACAGUCCAGCCGCCUUCACCAACUACUCUAUUCCGCUACUACAUCAAGUCAGGCCAAGUCGGGGCUCGUGCAGAAUAUACCCAAACCUCUCCGAUGAUCAGUCAUCACGUAAACUCACCCACCCCCAUACAUUACGUCACUACUCUUCUUACCAAGCCCACUGUGACUGCUGCGUCCGCUGUACCACAAACAGUGUCGGCUCCUGCCAGCUUUGCAGCCGUUCUUACUCCUGUUACUUAUGUGGAGUUCAGCUAA